GCGUCGGUGCUCCCACUGCUCCGUGACCCCGGCGGCGAUGGCGGCGGCGCUGUGGCGCAAGGCGUUGGACUACGUGAAGAACAAGGAGUUCCGCGACUACGUGACCAGCACGCACUUUUGGGGUCCCCUGGCCAACUGGGGCCUGCCGCUGGCCGCCUUUCAGGACAGGAAGGCCUCCCCGGAGAUCAUCAGCGGCCGCAUGACCGUGGCGCUCAUCUUCUACUCACUGGCCUUCAUGCGCUUCGCCCACCGCGUGCAGCCCCGCAACCGGCUGCUCAUGGCGUGUCAUGGCGCCAACGUGAUGGCGCAGAGCGUGCAG